CAGUCCCCGGCACUGCGGCCUCUAGCGGCCGAACGCGGAAUCCAUUGUCUAGAAGUGUCCUCUCGCAGCCACCGUCAGCGGGGGAUCCUCUCCAGCCGCUGGCUGCCUUUUGAAUAUACUGUGAGAACCUGGCUUGGGGGGUGGGGUUAUAAUGCCCCAUGGUAACAGUCCCCAAGAUACUCAGAAUCCAUCUCAGCCUCCGAAAAGCAGCUCAGGGAAUGAUGGCGACCAGCAGAGGACUCAGAAAACAACACCUCAAUCACCUGCCCCAUCAUUUGCACAAGCAAUUAGUUCUCCUGGACCUCAGUCACCCAGUUACCAAAUACAGCAGCUCAUAAUGAGCCGGAAUCCAGUUGCUGGUCAGAAUGUGAACAUUACUCUACAGAAUGUGGGGCAAGUGGUAGCAGGAAACCAGCAGAUAACGCUCACCUCACUGCCAUUAACAAAUCCUGCCUCUCCUGGGUUCCAGUUCAGUUCCCAGCCACGCCGGUUUGAGCAUGGGUCUCCUUCUUAUAUUCAGGUUACAUCCCCAAUAUCUCAGCAGGUCCAGAAUCAAAUUCCUGCACAACCCAAUGCCGUGCCAAUCCAAGCAUUGCAGGGUGUAAGGGCCACCACUGCUGGAGCGAACUUGGGGAUGUGUAACAAGGCUUCCACACCUGGAUUUGUAGAUGCGGGUUUGUUGGUGAGACAACUAAGUCUUGGUUCAUCAAGUACUGGACACUUUGUAUUUCAAGAGGGAUCUGGAAUUACACAGAUAGCACCCGGCACCCAAAUGCAUCUUCCAUCAGGGACCUCCACGCCAGUCCAGACCCAUACUGUGUUGCACUCCAAUUCACAGACUGUUGGUCAGGUACAUCAGUUUGGAUCACAGAACACUGUAGGUGCUGGUGCUGGUAUGCAACACAUAACGACCACUAAUCUAUCACCACAGAUAGGCAGUAUUAUCCAAGGACAGUUCAUUCAGCAACAGCAGGUUCUCCACGGCCAGCAGCUGGGCAAGACCAUCAGCUUUGACCGAACAUCUGGAGGAAUGAUAGCUGGUGUGGCUGGAGCAUCUGCUUUUGGGAUGACAACACAGCAGAGCCCAACAAGUCCAUCCCGAGCAGCUGCUCCUCAAGGACUUUCUAGUCUUCCCCUUACUCCAACCAGCACUGUCAAGAAACCGGUGAAGAGGCUUGAGGAGAUCCCACCAGCGACUGCUGAAGAUGCACGAUUGAGGAAACAGUGUUUAGAACAUCAUUACAAAGCUAUGAAAGGGCUGAAAGAAAACUUCAAAGAUUACCUGACAGAGUUGUUCUUUUUACAGCACUUUCAAGGGAACAUGAUGGAUUUCUUGGCCUUCAAAAAGAAACCUACAUUAUUGUUACAGAGUUUUUUAAGGCAAAGUGAUUUAGAUCUAGAAGUGGAGGAGGAGGAAGUGGAAAAGAGCCCGGCACUCGUCACUAUGCAGUCUUUAGAUGCUCCUACAAGCCCUGCGCUAGAAAUACCAAGUGCUAUGGAGAUCCAAGCUUCCUAUGUGCAAAAGGAGAACUCAGCUGAUUCUCAGCUUCUUGAUUCCCUGCAGUCGGAGUCUGGAUCCCAGUCACCAAAUGUGACACACGUGGCUCAACAGCAUCAGCCAACUCCUGGAAAAAUAGGCUCCUUCUGCUCUACAUUUGGGAUGCUGCCCUCGCACCAGUCGUCUUCACUUGGCAACAAACAAAAUCAAGCAGCAAAGGUUUCUCUGGUGCCAAACAAUGCCAGCUUGCAAUCGCCGAGCAGAACUGGAGCUCCUAGAGCGCCUGUCUCCACUGCUGCCACCACAGUUCAUCUAACACAGCAGCCACACUCGGAUCCCAUGAAAGGGAAGCCUCAGGCUUUUGGCACGCCAAGCCUGCAAUCUGCUCAAAGCCCAAAUUCCCAGCAGCCCCUGGAAAAGCUGUUGGGUCAGUCAUCAUCCCUGAAAACGCCCUCUCAGUUGGUUUCUUCAUCAAAACUAGGCUCUGACGCUGGGAAAUCCACAGUUCUCACUCCCUCGUCACCUCCUACUCCAGCCUGCCUUCCAGACUCUGUUCCCCCUCCUGUACAUGGCUCACCCAAGGGGAUUUUGUCUCCAGGGGCCAGCAGAGUACUCUCCCCUUCCUCAUCAAAGUCCCCUUUGCAUUCCGGAGUUCAGGACUCGUUAGUACUAAUUACAGAGGAUAAUCAGCAAGAAGUGUCCAAACCCCUGGAACAGGAAAGCCAUAUCGACCAGCGAAUAACAGAGCUACGAAAGGAAGGCCUGUGGUCCUUGAGAAGACUACCAAAACUAAUGGAACCUUCAAGAGCCAGGUCCCACUGGGAUUACUUGUUGGAGGAGAUGCAGUGGAUGGCUGCAGACUUUGCCCAAGAAAGAAUGUGGAAAAUUGCUAGCGCUAAGAAGAUGGCAAGGACAGCAGCAAGACGUUUAAUUGAGAAAGAACAGAAUGAUGCCAGGGUCAAGAAAGAAGGUGAAGACAAACUGAGACGCAUAGCAUGGCUUGCGGCACAAGAGAUCCAGCACUUCUGGUCAAAUAUGCAGCAGGUAGUGGAGAUAAAACUACAGGUGCAGUUGCAGCAGAAGAGGAGGAAAGUCUUCCAUGUACCACAUAAAACACAAAAAGGCCAGGAACUUAAAGAGGCAGAGCUACAAGUUAAAGUGGAUCAAGGCUUGGACCCAUCUGCCGUAAGGACAGUUUUAAAGCCGAAAGAUUGCUACACAAACUCGGAUUUCACCCAGAGGUCGGUAGUUCUUAUUGACACUCUUCUGACUGUGGAUGGGGGUAGUGCCGCCCAAAUGGGUGCAAGAAAACCCAAUCGUGACAUUGCAGAGGUGGCUGCCGCAGCAGAACUUUUACUGCCUCGUGGCAGCUCGCGCAUCUCUGGAGCUGUAAAAACCUGUCCACCACCAUUACUUCAUGGCAAGCUUCGUGAUUAUCAGAUGAUUGGAUUCGACUGGUUGGCACGACAGUACAAAAAGAAUCUUAAUGCGAUUCUGGCAGAUGAAGGAGGACUUGGCAAAAAUGUCCAGGUUAUUGCUCUGUUGGCACAUCUGGCUAGCAGCGAAGGAGUCUGGGGUCCGCACUUGAUUGUUGUACGAAGUUGUAACGUUUUAAAGUGGGAGUUGGAGCUCAAACGCUGGUGUCCGUCACUUAAACUGCUCUUGUAUUUUGGAAGCCAGAGGGAGCUCAGAAGAAAGAGACAGAGAUGGGAGGAGCCCAACAACUUCCAUGUCUGCAUCACCUCUUACAAGCAGCUGUUCAAGGGACUUCAGGCUUUUAUGAAGAUGCGGUGGAAAUAUUUGGUCCUGGAUGAAGUCAAUCAGCUCCGAAACAUUAAUGAGAAGCACUGGGAAGCCAUCUUAAAUCUGCCAAGCCAGCGCCGGUUGCUUCUAAGGGACACCCCAUUACCACAUACAUGGAAGGACCUGUGGACCAUGGUGCACUUCCUCAUUCCAGGAUUGUCAAGGCAAUACUUAGAUUUUCCAGUAAAAGAAGGCAGUGAUCAAGACCCGGAAUACAGGCAUACGAUAUCCAUCAGAUUGCAUCGGUCUGCUCAGCCAUUUAUAUUGCGUCGGACCAAGAGAGACGUGGAGAGGCAGUUAAACAAAAAGUCUGAACAUGUUCUUAAGUGCCAGCUGUCAAACCGGCAGAAGGCGUUGUAUGAGGAUGUCAUGAUGCAGCCUGGAACGCAAGAUUCCCUGAAAGGAGGACAUUUUGUAAGUGUUCUUCAUGUCCUGACACAGCUUCAGAGAAUUUGCAAUCAUCCGGAUCUGGUGGACCCCCGCUCUGGAGAAUCUUCCUAUGCAUGUGAAGCGUUGCAGUAUAGGACUGCAUCACUUGUACUGCAGGCAUUAGAAUAUGAUCCCUGGAAGAACGCAGAUUUGUCCCUGUUUGCUUUACUUGGGCUUGAGAAUAAAAUGACCCGUUAUGAAGCUCAGACGAUUCCUAAACUGAAGGUAACGAGGAAGCUGAUUCAGGAGAUAAACAGUAGUCCUGAUCCUGCUCCUCGACCCAAACGGGAAAAAGUUAAACUCAGCAGGUUAUUUGAGCCAGUACUUUAUGGUCAGAAACCUGAGGGUCGCACUGUUGCUUUUCCAAGUGCACCAGCAGCACGUACAGUUACAGCAACUACAGCCACUGUCACCCAGCAGGGACAGAUCAGAAGGCCUCUGGUUACCACAGCUGUUACACCACAGGGGACCAAAGCAACUACCACUCAGGGUCAGGCCACUCAUGUCACAUUGGGAGCUCCUAGGCCACAGGCACCAGCAACCUUUGCAGCAGCCCCUGCAGUAAGGCACCUGACUCAUUCUUCGCAUACAGUUCAGCAGAAUAUUCUAUCUCCAAGGCUGGUGCUCAGUUCUCAGGCCAGGCUUCCAAGUGGGGAAGUUGUAAAAAUUGCUCAACUCGCUGCUGGUGGCACAGCUCAGGGACGCAUUGCUCAACCUGAGACACCAGUUACCUUACAGUUUCAAGGAAAUAAGUUUACUCUAUCCCAGAGCCAACUGCGCCAACUUACUGCUGGCCAGCCAUUACAGCUACAAGGUAAUGUUCUACAGAUUGUUUCGGCCCCUGGUCAGUACUUGCGUCCUCAAGGAUCUGUUGUUCUUCCAUCUGUGCCACAGGGUACAGCUCCUAAUGUUAUGAGAAAUCAGUCCCAAGUGGGAGCGUCACAGCUCAAUACGGUAUCGUCUGCUGCUCCAGUAGCUUCCAAAACUGCACAAACUGCCGCGGACGUAACAACAAAGUCAGCUACUGCUGCGCUGCCUAAUGCUCAGGAUUCCACUGAAGAAAAGCAGCGUUUGUUAAAAGAGCGCCUGGACCGCUUUUUCAGCUGUAAUGAGCGCCGUUGUGGAAGAGCUCCUGUAUAUGGGUCAGACUUGUUGUCACGCUUUACCCUGAGGUCUGCUGCCAUUCACCCUCCUAUUCUAGAUACACAGUGGAGCUGGACUGGGUCUGCACACUGUGCAGCUUCCUCCCAGUCCCCUGAGUAUUCCAGUGACCCACUAAGACACUUGAUUUUGAGUCCAGAACAGAAGAAAGUAGCCCUGCAACCUCUAGUUAAAAGGACGCUGUGUGUGGUUCCUGCUGUUAUCGUUCCUCCACCGGUUCUUAACGUCCCACAUCCAUCUCCUGUGUAUACUCACAACAUGAAGAUGCUUAGUCUUAGACUAAGGGAGUAUGCAGCGCCAUGCAUGCAGGACUUGAAGGAGCGAACGUCCCCUCAUUGUGUGCAGACUCCUGACCUGUGGCUCAUUCAGUCUGAUGCAGGAAAACUGGAAGCUUUAUCCAUCCUCCUCUGCAAACUAAAAUCUGAAGGACGACGAGUACUAAUUUUUUCCCAGAUGUUACUCAUGCUUGACAUACUUGAGACCUUCUUGGACUUUAAUUCUUUCACUUUCUUGAGGAUCGAUGAAAAUGCCAACUUUGAGCAAUGCCAGGAUUUAAUGAAAAGUUUUAACAGAGACCCUCGGAUUUUCUGCAUGGUCUUGUCCACCCACAUCCACUCUCUGGGAGUAUACCACAUAGAAGCAGACACGGUAAUAUUUUAUGACAGCGAUCUGAAUCCUGUGAUGGAUGGCAAAACCCAGUCGUGGUGUGAUCUCAUUGGCAGAGCAAAGGACAUCCAUGUUUAUAGGCUGGUCAGUGCCAACUCCAUAGAGGAGAAGUUGCUGAGGAAUGGCACAAAAGAUUUGAUCAGAGAGGUGGCAGCUCAGGGCAGUGACUAUUCUCUGGCAUUCCUAACUCAGCAAACCAUCCAGGAACUGUUUGAAGUAUGUUCUCCACUGGAUGACUCUGGGGUGAAAGCUGAAGAGUUUGUGCUGCUAUCCCAGGAACCAUCUCCUUCAGACAUAAUCACCCCAAAGGUGGCAAAGCCAUUUGUUGAGGCACUGGUAAAAAUCGAGUUUGGACAGGAAGAAGAAAAUGCUGAGUGUGCUGAGCAAGAUGAUCCAAAGCCAAAUGCUGGGGUCUUCCCUACCACAGAAUCGGAAUAUAUGGAGUGCUACGAACCCUCCCAAUUAAAAGAGUUAUCUGACCUUAUGCAGCAACUGACUCCCAUUGAGAAAUAUGCUCUGCACUACUUAGAAUUAUUCCAUGCUCACAGUGUGGGUGACCAACCUGGAUGCCUUGAGGCGCAAUUAAAUGUCGCCAGGAAAGAAUGGGACUCAAGUCACUUAGAGGAACUCAAGGAGAGAAUGCAGUGGGAAGCUGAAGAAAACGAGGAGCUGAUCAGCUACACACGGGAAGAUGCAUAUAAUAUGGACUUUGUUUAUAAUGGACCAGAUGGAGAGACCGAGAUAAUGCCGUUCUGGACACCUCCUACUCCCCCGCAAGACGAGAAUGAUAUUUAUAUUGAUUCUGUGAUGUGUCUGAUGUAUGAUACCAACCCCAUCCCAGAAUCCAAACUGCCCCCUGUCUAUAUUAGGAAGGAACGUAAGAGACACAAGACAGAUUCAUCUGCUGCUGGUAGGAUGAAGAAAAUGCGUCAUGGAGAAGCUGCUGUUCCCCCUCGUUCUUUGUUUGAUAGAGCGGCUCCAAACCCACUUAAAGUGCGCAAAGAAGGCAAAGAGCAGAAGAAGAAUAUUCUUCUAAAGCAACAAACACAGUUUGCCAAACCUCUGCCAACUUUGAUAAAACCAGUCAUGGAGACUGGGCCUGACAAUCCAGAGUGGCUUAUCAGUGAGGACUGGGCUUUACUGCAGGCAGUAAAACAACUUUUGGAGCUCCCUCUGAAUCUAUCAGUUGUGUCACCAGCGCAUACACCCAACUGGGAUCUAGUGAGUGAUGUAGUAAACUCUUGCAGUCGGAUCUACCGCUCAUCCAAACAGUGCCGCUGCCGUUAUGAGAACGUUAUAAUUCCACGAGAGGAAGGCAAACUACUGUACGAGGCUAGUCCAAAGAAGAAGUCAGAAAACAUAUUUAAGAAUAAACCUUUAAGGACCAGCCAGAUUUACUCACAAGACGAGGGAUUGUCGCACAGCCAGCUAUACACAACUCGUUUUGAGCUGAUGAAGAUGACUGCUGGAAAGAGAAGCCCACCCAUUAAACCUCUGCUGGGCAUGAAUCCAUUCCAGAAGAAUCCCAAGCAUGCAUCUGUGCUAUCGGAGAGUGGCAUCAACUAUGACAAACCCAUGCUACCAACUCAAGUGGCAUCACUGCGUGCAGAUCGUAUAGCCAAAGAAAAGAAGGCUUUGGAACAGGUCCGCGCACAGCAGCAGCCACAGCAGAAUGGACAAGUAGCCCAGCCAGCAGCUGCACAACCUGCACCAGUCCAAACACCAGCUCCUGCCGUGACUCAGGCACAAGUGGUGGUUCAGCAGCAACCGGCAGCCAAGGGUCCUAACCCCAGCGCACCUUCCAUAGCAACUCCUGCACUUCUUACUGGUACUAUCAAAGCUGCUGUACCCGGAUCCACGAUUGCUACUGGAACUGUUACUGCAAACGUGCUUGUAAACACAGUGUCAGGAGUUGCAGGGGUCUCUCCUGCCACCUUCCAGCCCAUUAACAAGCGAUUGGUAUCUCCAGUGGUAACUGGUACAGUUUCGACAACGGUAGGAGCAACUGGUCAAGUGGUCCAGCAAAGAACAGCGACGACUCCAACAGGUCCCACAGAGAUGGUGACGAUAGCAACCAGUCAGGGUGUUCGAGCUGUCAGUGCAGGGACAGUGGUCUCAACUAACCUUACCCCAAUUCAAACACAGGCCAGAGCCAUCGUCACUCAGAUGACAACAGGUACUACAACUGGGGUUCAGCUGGCAGGUAAAACAAUCACCCCUGCACAGUUCCAGCUGCUUCGGCAACAACAGGCAGCGCAGCAAGUCCAGGUGUCCCAGAUACAGGCCCAAGCAUCCCCAGGGCAAAUGAAGGCUGUUACAAAGAUCUCUCAGGAGCAGCUUCUGAAGCUGCAGAAACAGAAGCUUCAGCUUCCACAGCAGAUUACUCAGACGGGCACGCUGGCUGGCACCACACAAGUACAGGUUCAAACGCAGCAAACACAGCAGCUGGCAGCUGUAACUGCGUCGCGCGCUGGAGCUGUGCUUGCUGGAACAACUGUGACAAAUCUGCGUUUGCUCCAGGCUCAAGGACAGAUCCAAGGUCAGCCAGGGCAAACAGCACAAGUUGCUUUGGCUAAGCCACCAGUGGUAUCUGCCGUUGUGUCAUCUGGAGGUGUCACUACUCUUCCGGUUACAGUAGCGGGGAUCAGUGUUUCUAUCAAUCAACCUCACAAAGCAGCAGGGGGGCAGACGGUCAUGGCCCAACCAUUACAUAUGCAGCCAUUGUUGAAAUUAAAACAGCACCAUACUACGCAGUCCCAGCAGCAGAAGACUCUGCAGACGCAAGCCACGCUGGGUCAGCAGAAGCCUUACCUUUCCCUUCAGAUAACGACUCCUCAAGUGUCUACUGCAUCACAGCAGCAAAAAGUCACCUACACCAACCAACAAGCAAUUAAAACUCAGUUCCUGACAACGUCCUUAACUCAGGCACAGAAGGCACCUGGAACCCAGCAAGUUCAAGCUCAAAUACAGGUUGCCAAACUCCCUCAGGUGGUGCAGCAGCAAGCGACAAUUGCCACACUCCAGCAGGUUGUAUCGGCAUCGCAGCAGGUCCAACCACAGACUGUGACUUUGACCCAGGCAACAGCUGCAGGACCACAGCAGGUACAGGUGAUACCGGCUGGUUCUGCUGCAGCCCAUGUAGUGCAGCAAAAACUCCUUCAGCAGCAAGUAAUGGCAGCUGCCGCUUCACCACAGCUCCAAGCUUCAGCCAGUCAGAGCACAGGACCUCUAUCGGUUGCUGCUGAUGCUCAGAACCAGCAAGCAAAGUUACAAGUCCGAACCCAAACUGUGAGGAUCAAAGCGCCGACCAAACCAAGCUAAAAGCUAUUGGGUUUUAACGGAUUGUAGCUCAUGAGCAUUUUUUUCUUGGAAUGCCUUGCUUUGGUAUAACACAGAUGACUCUUCAAACUUCCUGGUGUCAAGACCAGGAAAUUAUACAUUUUGGAGAAAAGGAUAGACUUCAGAAGCUCAAGACAGGCAAUAAUUUCCUAAAGACGGGCCUUAUUUGAGUUGUCUGCUUAUCUUGAACUUGGAAUGAAUCCGAUCAAGUCAGUCACUACUUCCUCCUGGUUGAACUUUGUGAACAUUUACCAGUUUGCAGAGGGGUCGGCGGAGAGGGCAGACGUAACACACAUUACUGUAUGAGCACAACUUAUUGUAACACUUUAGUCAUAACCUACGUCUGUGUAUAUGAGUGUUUGGGGAGUUGUGUACACCUAAAGGGGCGCACUCCCGUUUUAAUAGAGGGGGAAAAAAAAGCCAUAACUGGAAUAACAGGUUUCACAUGUGUGGCCUUUUGUGGGUGUGAAUGCAAAAACAGCAACGAACUAAGUCAAAACUAACACAAAAAAAUAAAACUAGUGUUUUUGCUAGAUUGCACACUUUAGAGGACUCAAAAUCAGGUUGAACUAUAGAGCGUGGGCAUCUUACGUAUUUUUGUACAAAUAUUAAUAAAUGAUCUAGGUUGGGACUUUUUUUUUUAAGGCCUGAAGACGUCUUCACAGAUAUUAAGCCAUUUACUGCUGCAGAAGGAAACGACUCCUUGCUCUGGACAGGCUUGAACGCAUAAUCCUUUCUCAUUAGCUAGCAGUUUUGAACCCUUUGCUUUUCACUGCACAAUUCCAUGUAUGCUAAUAUGUUUAAAUGUAAUUUAUACCAAUAUUUUCUUAAACUGUGCUACAAUCCGCAGCGGUGUAUUAUUUUUUUUUCCUGUACAGCAUAAAUUCGGUUUUAGUAACAGAUACUAUAGCACGUCAUGCAGACUGCGGUUUCAAUGUUGUCUUUUGUCAUUUUCCAACAAUUAUUUCUUUUUCCCCUUCUGUCUUCCCUUUAUUGUUUGGUGUAGCAAUGAGCGGUGGACCGUUUUUAUCGGCAGUAACACAAUUUCAGGGGAUCAGCUGCGAUUUAGGGUUCGCUGCUUGCACAGUAGUUUCAAAGUAACCAUCAGGUAUAAAACGGGACAGUGGACUUGUCCAAUUUUCACUUGUACCCUUCCAAAGAACCAAGAUGAGAACUUCAAUGUGAACAUUACUGCUUGAAAUUGUAUACAUUCUGACACUCCCUUUCUGUUUUUUAUUUUGUAAGAAUUGUUCUUUUCUAAGCAA